AUGGAAGUGAUACCACCAUCGAUUAGUGAUAAGGUGGAUACAUCCAUUGAGCCAGAAUCAAAUAAAAUUAGUGAUGUAGAAACAAACAAUGUCGUUACUAUAAAUACCGCUGAGUUUCAGGAUCCGUUAGAGUUAUCACUGGAAAUAGAGGCAACAUACGGAUUAAAACCGUGUUUUGUUGAAUUAGAAAGAUGUGAUAAAAUAUGGGAAACAAUACAGCUAAUACGGGAUCUCCAAGAAGAUCCUAAUCCGGAGACGAGUGACGAUGAAACUGGAUCGGAGAUGACCGAUGAUUAUUACAAUUACGACAAUGAUACUGUUAAUAACGAUGACGCUGAGAUGAUUAACGGUGAUGUUGAAAAUAGUAAUUUAACCCCAAUAAAUGACGACGAGCCUAGUUCAUCACAUCAUGAUACUGAGUCGUGUUCGUCGACCCAAAAUAAUCCUACGGCACCUUACAUCAAGUACCAACCGGUUUUAGGCAAUGGAAACACGGCUUUACCGAAUUUCCAAUUCUCCGUUCAACGCACACGUGUCCUUUAUCCAUGUGUAACAUGUGGUAAGCAGUAUAAUCAUAUAAGGUCGCUAAAAGAACACGAAGAGCGUAUACAUAACAUCAUCCAGCCACCGGUCCGUAAAAAAUCUGACCACGUUACUAAGAACGAGACAAAUUCAUCUAAUAAUCAGGAAAAUGAAGUCUCCAAUAACAAUAAAUCAGUUGAAAGUGCUCCUGUCAAAAACAUACGCAGUGAAGAUACAGCUAUUGUUGAUACAACUGAGUUUAUUAAAUCCAUUAUGGCCUAUGAACCUGGUAUAAGAAUAACUUGCUGUUUCUGUGACAGAGUUUAUUCUGACAAAUAUAAUUUGAAGAAACACGUAGUAUCUAUGCACGGUGGAGCUCCUGAAUUGAUUCGAAGUUACAAACGUAAGCAGCCUCAACAGAGUCUUCCUGAACCUGAGCCAGCAGCUGAAGAAGCUAUUCACCAAGAGCCACCACAGAAAAAACGACGUGUCGAACGAUCACGAAAUUUGAACGUCUAUCGCUGUGAAACUUGUGGAAAACAUUUUUAUUCCCUUAAAAAUAAACGAGUACAUAACCGAAAAGUUCAUGGAAUUUAUAUACGGCCACCAGUGGGUAAAAAUAUCAAUAAACAAGUAGGAAACAAUUACAAUAAUAAUAGUAAAAAAUCUAAUGAAGGAAGUAAAGUUCAAACCAAGUUAUCCUUAUCAUCAAGUUCGUUGACAUAUGAGUCGCCAACUAAAAACAAUGUACCGGAAAAUCAAAAUUCAGAAAAUGGUAUCCUUAGAACUUGUCCUAUUUGUAAUGUAAAAACAACAAAAUUGAAUAUUUUUAAGACUCAUUGUAAAAGCCAUGGUAUCACUAUUAAAUUUGACAAUAUUUAUCCACGUGAGCAAGCUAAAACUGAACUUGAUUGUAAAGUAUGUGGUGAGACUUUUAUGACCUCUAAUCAUGUUGUUGAGCAUUAUUGGAACAUUCAUCGUCGAUGUUUACGUUACAAGUGUUAUAUUUGUGGAGCACUGUCUCAUGAAUCGGAAAAUUUAGUUAAACAUUUAUUGAAGGUCCAUAAAGUGUACUUUUUAUUGCGAAAACCUAUUUACAAUUUCCAAUGUCAUGUGUGUAUGAGAAAUUUCUCCAGUAAAAGUGUUUAUCGCAUGCAUGUAACGCAAGGACACGGAUUGGAUUUAAAAACUAAACAAGUUGAAGAGGUAUUGAAAAGCACUGGACGAACCGAUGAUGAUGCAUCGCCGUUAUUACCACCACCACCACCACCACCACCACCACCACCACCAUUAUUAUCACCAAGAUCAGCAUCAGCAAAGAAACGAGCCAUUAAACGUGAUUUAAAAAGACCGGCUCAAAUAAAACGGCAAGUUAAAGUUGAAAAACCUAGAUCACCGUCAACUAGAAAUGGAUUACGAGAAAAAUCAAAGUUUAAUUAUAAUGAAAAUAUUUCACUGUUAGAUACCGCAGUGAAUUUCAGUAAUUCGUCGUUAGAUGAAAUUCCUAUUGCUCAAAAAAGAACAAGAAAAAGUAGCAUUUUAUCUAAUGAUAAAAGUAAUAAUUCAAUUAGUGAUGAUGUGCCGAUGGAAUCAAAGCCAAAAGAACCAACUUACUGUAUAUUAUGUUCUAAAAAUGGUUUUAAAAAUCUAAGAAAACACUUUUUAGAAUAUCAUAAAGUGCGUGAUCCCGAUCCAUUGAUGGAACAGUCCUUAAAAAUGAUGCCGGCUACCUCAGAACCUGUUAUAAAAGCUGAAAAAACAGUAAAAAAAGAAGUAAAAAUAGAAAAAAAAGAAGUUGCUUCUCCAGUUAAAAAAGCAGUGAUCAGACGACGAAGUAAUCCUGAAGCACGUAAAAUAAACGCUCGAGUAAAACAGCAAGUAUCUUCUAUAAAAGAGCCAUGUAUUCCUGGACCACUUCGAACAUUUGCAGCAGUUAGAGAUGAGGAUGGUUCACUUAGAUUUAUAUGUAAAUUCUGUCCACUGGAGCUGAAAAGUUAUGAAAAGAUGCGUCGGGAUGAAUAUAAUCAUAGAAGAGAAUUUAGCAACCUCAGUGUCGUUGAAAUGAAACCAUCGAAUCCAAAGUACCUUAAUAUGGAUCCAGAUUUAAUAUUGAAACAAAAAAUUCGCAGGACUAAUUCAUCAUUACCAAAAUCUAACUUACUGAUGGAUGAUCCAGAAUCUUUGCUGCGUCGAUCAUCAUUUCCACUAGAAAAAUUUAAAGAAAGUAAUAAUUAUCUAACACAAGAAAGUAUAAAACAAUAUCAUGAACCAAUAGAGCACAGGUGUUCAAAUUGUUCUCGUUUAUUUCGCAACGGUGAUAUACUGGCUUCCCAUAAAAUUUCAUGUAAAGUACGUGUUGAUCAUCAGCAAAUAACAAAUGAUACUAGCGAUACGCGAGAAAGCAGUGAUCGUGAUUCUGGAAUUGGAAUAAGUAUUACAAUAAAGAAGAAAAAUGAUUCAUAUGAAAUAGUAAGUCGUGAUAACAGUGACGAUAGUAAAUCACAAGAUUCGGAAAGUCAUCCAAAUGACUUACUAUUAACUGAUACUCCUUCUGAUAUACUUCUCAAUGGAAUCAUCCCGAAUCAAAAAAACAGUGAAGAAGUUUCUACCACGAUCAGUAACAACAACGCCCUUGAAUUAAAUGAAACUCGUGAAGAAAUAAAAAUCCAAAAAAUCGACAAUGAUGAAAAUAUGGAUGUAGAUGCUGAUGACCAAAAUACUAUUCCUGUACCUUCUCCAGUAAUUGUGAAACCACAGGUAACAAAAAGAAAAAUGUCUGCUGGUUGUAAAGUACGUCAAAUUCCGAGUUUAGUUUUAUUGUCUACACAUGUACUGGAUCGAAUACAUGCUAAUGAAUCUUGUACACGAAAAUGUUAUAUUUGCAACACAGAUUGGCCAUCGGCUAUUUCUCGUGCUUCUCAUAUGACUGGAAUUCAUAAAUCAGGACGUAGGUAA